AUGGACACGCGGUUCACCAGAGGGAAGUCCACCAUCUUGGAGCGCCCCCUGACUCGGCCCAAGACCGAAGUGAGCGUGAGCGCCUUUGCGCUGCUCUUCUCGGAGAUGGUGCAGUACUGCCAGAGCCGCGUGUACUCGGUGUCCGAGCUGCAGACGCGGCUGGCCGACAUGGGUCAGAGCGUGGGGGCCAGCAUGCUGGACGUGCUGGUGCUCCGGGAGAAGAACGGCAAGCGGGAGACCAAAUUGCUCAACAUGCUGCUCUUCAUCAAAGUGAACGUGUGGAAGUCGCUGUUUGGCAAGGAGGCCGACAAGCUGGAGCAGGCCAACGACGACGACAAGACCUACUACAUCAUCGAGAAGGACCCGCUCAUCAACGCCUACAUCUCGGUGCCCAAGGAGAACAGCAGCCUGAACUGCGCCGCCUUCACGGGCGGCAUCGUGGAGGCCAUCCUCACGCACAGCGGCUUCCCCGCCAAAGUCACCGCCCACUGGCACAAGGGCACCACGCUGAUGAUCAAGUUCAACGAGUCCGUCAUCGCCCGAGACAAGGCUCUGGACGGCAGAUGA